GGAGUGUUUUGUCCACAGAAUGUGUUACGAUGGUUUGUUAGUUCUUAACUUUGAGUUUGAGGCUGUUUUCAUUUGUAUUUUAAUUCUUUUUCUGUAAUUAACACGUUAAGAUUAGGUCUGUGCGAUUGUUGCUUUGUUGAAAUAUACUUAAUCAUACAUUGACUUGUUUAUUUUGGAAAUUUCCGAGAUGUUUCGUACAAGAAUAGUGACUCUGACCCGAAACUGAUUGUAAAUUUUUUUCACUAUAACUUGUCAUGAAGUGCUCCUUGUGAAUAUACAAUUAUGAAUGAACCUUUAAUUACCAAAGAAAAAGAAGAUGGUGUUCGACAGUUAGCGGAAUUUUUGAGACAAAAUGGUGAUAAAGUAUUGAAUGGACAAAGCAAGCUGUCAUUGACUGUCACAGUCAUACAUACGCUGAAUAAGCUUUUCAACCAUCUUUUGUCUGAUAACAUGGAAGAAUCAUCAGAAGUAUUCUGCACUAGUGGAUCCCGGCUAGGAUUUUUAUAUGAUCUAACUUUUCUUUGUGAUUUUAUCAAGAAAACUCCUCGUUUAAAGAUUAUACCAAGUCCACAACCAGUGCCAUCAAAUGUUGAUAUAUCAAAAUUUCAUAAUUUGAAAGAACUGGAAGUGAAGAAAGUGUCUCUUUGUAUAAUAAAUGGAUUACAAACAUUAUCUCCACAUCUUGAAGUUCUUCAGUGUUACAGAAGUCUAGCCUCUAUAAAUGAUUUGUAUAGGGAGUUGGAACAUUCUAAGAAAGAGGCAUCUCAGAAUGGAGUUUUGUGGGGGAGGCUCAAGAAGUUAUACUUAUCACACAAUGAUCUAGGAGAUUUUGAAAAUGUUGUGGAAAAACUUCCAGAUCUGGAUGUGCUUGAUUUUAGUCACAAUUGCAUGAAGACUGGAGAAAACUUGAAGUUUCUUCAUAGAGUCACUUCACUUAACCUCAGCUUUAACCAACUGACGGUAGUUCCCGUUUUCAGUUACCAGUCUUGUUUUACCUUGAGGGCCUUAUCACUACAAUACAAUUAUCUACAAGAUAUCAAUGGUCUGGCACACUUGAAGCUACUACAGGAACUCGACUUAAGUUUCAAUUGUUUAAUAGAGCAUAAAGUAUUACAACCAUUGCUAUGGCUCCAUCAUCUGAAUGUUCUGUGGCUUUCUGGCAACCCUCUGAGUUACCAUAAAGAUCAUCGGUAUCUCACAUCUACUUUUGUUAGCCUAGAUGCUGUGACAACUGGGAUACUACUAGAUGGUAAAAGUUUAACAAAAAAUGAAAUUUUGAAAGUCUUAAAGAAAACACAAAGAAGGAUGGGACAUUCAGACUUAAUAACCUCUCCAACAUGCGUCAGUAUGAAUACUACAGUUGAAGAUAUUGAAAGCUUUAAUGACACUUUAAGUGUUGGUAAGAAUGACGAAAUUUACAGAGAUUAUAAUAAAGAUAUUACAUUUGUGAAAUCUGAAGAACAAUCAGUCAAGAGUGUUGAGACAGAUGAAAGAGCCACAGAAAGUGUUAAUAGCAUUGAAACAGAGGGGAAAACUAGGAGAAAGAAAACAAGAAAAAUGAGAGAAGUCCAUAUACCAGACCUUACAGAUGAGAUGUGUACUGAGAGUAUGCAGAAGUCCGAAACAAAAAUCAACAUUCCCAGUUGUCAACUGGCAGACCACCUUCAGGCUAAGAUAGCCCUUGAGAAAAGAAGACAGUACUUGGAUUCAGAAUGGCUUAUAGGAAAUAUGGGACAAAACCGAACUCCUCUGGCACAAAGCACUCCAACUUGUUCUUUGAUUCAAAAAGAUAAACCAAUAAAACCACUCCAUGUAGAUUUGGAAGAUUAUCCAGUACAUGUUUCUUCCACAGAAGGUCCUUUUGGUAAUGCAACUAACUCUGCAGUGAUAGUGGGUGAUCAUACUACUCUCCAAGUAGAUGAAGUAGUUAAUGGUAAUAUCAACAAUGUUGUUAAUAAUAAGAAUACAGAAAAUACUGGUAAAGAACAAAUUUCACCAGAAAAGAAAACUUUAGAAACAAGUGAAGAUAUUGAAGUUUUAAGUUAUUGUGACAAAAAGGAACAGAAUGAUGAGAAACAAUAUCAGGUUGCCUCACAGGAUGAAGACUCAGCUUUUAAAAGUGCUAAUUCAGAUAGUCAUUGUUAUAUGGAAACAAAAAGCAGUAGUGAUGAUGCUGGUUUUAUUUGGAACAGAAUGACAUCCAUGGAUGACGAAAAUAUCCUGUCCCCUGAUGAUGACUUUUGGGAUAAUGAUGUGGAAGCUACUUUGUUUAUUGUGCAAAAAUUGGAUGGGGAAAAAUCCGUUACCAUGUUUAUCAGUAUAAUAGGUCAGUGCAUAAAGGAAAAGAAUGUUCUAACUGGAAAGUUGGAAGACUCUCUUGACCUCCGAUCAUUACUUCUUGUGGAAAAAAUGGAUGAGAAAAAGGACAGCAGUGGUAAACCAAAAGUCCAUCUGACCUUCGACUCUUUGAAAAAAAGUAGACGAGAGAGAGUGUACCACAUGGAAGACCUAGACAGUGCUGAGGCCUUUGUAGGUAUAGUCAAGCCAUUUGUUGAUGCCAGAGUAUUUCAGGAAAUGACAAAAGGAGCUCUGCAGUGUCAGAAAUGUCUAGCUGAGUUUUCUAAGGAUGUUGCUAAGCGUAAACUUGUUAAGGUGUCUGGACCAGUAGAAAUGCAACAUUUAAAAAAUAUUUAUUCCAAUAAAGAGUAUCAUAGUGAAGUUGAAGUUUGUCCAAACUGUGAGAGCACAGUUGUGGUGCAGCUUGAUUCUUGUCCUUUACCUGCUGCAGAAAGACCGACUACUCUACAAGUUUCAUCCCAUUUCAUGCCACAGAAAACUGCACACUCUUCAGACAGUGCUUCUCACUUAUCUAGUUCUCCACGAAAAUUCUCCUCGGAUAUAUAUGGAAAGAACUUUAAUACAGAUAAUGGGUCAAAAUCUUUACCAUAUGGAUCCAGAGUUAUCAGUUGCAGUCCAAACUUAAGAUACAAGAAGUACAGUCAUGGUCGAAGUGUUUCUCUAGAUUUUCAAGAUGAUGGUGAAGAUAAAAAGGACCAAAUGAAACCCACAAAGUCAUCAUCAGAAACCAGCUCCCUUGUAUCAUCUGAAGUAGUCUUAGAUCCAGUGUGUUCUUCAGUCCUUAAGCACAGAGAAGAUUUCAAAAGAAGCUCUAGUGACAUUACAAUACUGAGUAACCCUAGCCAAAGUAGCAUUGCUGUGAUCUCUUCAUCUAGUUCAGAACAAGCUGUUCAAGGAUUAGAAGUGAUUUCUGAAAAAUCAAGUGUCUGUAGUCCUGUUGCUUCUCCACAUCAUAUAAGUGAUUUCAGCAAGUUAGAUACAUCCAACUACCCCGGUGUGACAAGAAAUCGUUACAGAAGCUUAACUGCAGAAAGUGUUUCAUCAGGAUCUAUGACAAGCAGUGUUUGUACAACCAUACAAACUGGAAAACCAUCUGACACUGACCUUGCUAUAAUAACACCUGAAAAUGCUGGUUCAAAAAAAUCAUAUAAUGCAAGUUUAUUAGAGGCAUCACAGUGUACUAAUAGUUCUGAUAAUACUUCUUCUGUAUCAUCAGAAAUUUCUGCAAUUCCUGAGGUACCUUUUGAUAGUGUGGGUACUAAACAAAACCAAGACAACAUUGAAGUCAAAGAUACCAAUAAAUGUGAAGCACAAUCAUCUAGAGUUAUAGAAGGAAAUGAUGAGAGCAGAAUUUCUUUGAGUCACAAUAUUAACAUUUGGUCCAUGUUAUCUGAAGGAACAAGGGUCAGUCAUAAUGAUUUUGUGCAGAUUGACCAUCGUCUUAAACUUUACCUUGAAGUCUAUGUACUAGGCAGAGAAGAGGAGGUUACAGGCAUGUUAAAGGCAGGACUUGUCCUACACUCAUCACUAGAAGAGGUUUCAGGAUUGCUAGUGCUUUCAGAAACUCAGCUUUACAUUCUUCUUAGAAAUGGCAGUGAAGAUAGUGACCCAGAUUCCAGUCUCCAGGUAGUUGAUAUUAAGCCAUUGAAGAAACUUUCAAAAAUUACUAUUUUAUGUGGAAGUCAAGGUUUCUGGCUAACCUGGGGUGGAGAUGGUUUUUGGAUUCUGUGUUUAUUGAAAGAUGCUGACUAUUGCAAUUGUUUCAUCUCUUUUCUAUCAGAUCUUAUAAAGAAAGAUACCUUACUGAGCAAUGAUUCCAUAGUUAUUGAGACAUCAGCUGAACAAAGUCUUAUACAACUCACUGAACAAGUGUUGCUUUGGAAACCUGAAGGUUCAGAGUUCCACCAAACUGACUGUGAUACUGAGGUGUUGCUCUACUUAAUGGGUUAUUGGGCAGAAGUUGCUAAGCUUGAGAAAAUGGAGAGGUGUAUGUCAACUUCACAGCCUGUUGUCCUAGUUGUCACACAAACAGAUAUCUGUGUUGCUCGUAUAUGCUUCCGAAAGUCUCACAUGUCACAACCAGUUACAUAUUAUGAACCUCUCAAUAGACAAAAGAUCUCAAAUUUAAUUGAAGUUGUCAUUCGAGACAAUCUACUAUGUGUAAAACUGUCUUUUCUGGAUGAAGACAGUGGCCAAGAGUUCUAUUGGAUCAUUGGUACCCAAACUAAAACUUCAUUAGGAACAUUUCUCAAUGUAAUAAAAGGACCAUGGGAAGCUUUAUUUGAGGUUGAAUUACAAUUAACUUUGGAAGAAAAUGUUAAAAGCUGACUGAAGGUUUAAUAACAGUUUUUGUCAUUCAAUAAAUUGACCUCUGAUAUUAUGCAUAUAAAGUAUUAUAUAUUAAUUUCCUUCAUUGUUUUGAUAUUGAACAUAUUGGUUACUGUUUUUUCUUAAAUAUGUUGAACUCACAAAAUCAGUAACAACCGUUUUACCUUAAUUAAUCAUUUGACAAUAAUUAAACUAUUUAAAUGCAUACUAAUCAUAAAAGUACUGGACAACAAAGGGUUAAAUGGAACGAAUGUCACUUAAUUUUCUCUUGCAUUGGUGUUAUAUAAGUGUAGCUUCUAGUUUAUCAGUGUUUCAUUUUAGCACUGUCAUACUACAAUUUUAAGUAAAAUUAUAUAUAUAUUAAUUCUUUUCUAAUUGUUAAAUUGGAAACCAGUAUAAAGUGAGAGUCAAACUUUAAUUCUCCAGUAACCUAAUAUUCUGGAUAACCAUCAUUUUCUUGUUUCAAAACUUUCCUGUUAACUUAGAGAAUUUUAUCUGUGUGACAAAUAUUUAAUGAUAUAAAAUGUUUUGUUUUAGUUAGUGAAUUACCAGAUAUGAAGUAACUAAUAUUGUCAAUGAUUUUUUUUUCUUGCUGUAUUGUCUAAUUGGCUGCAAGUCAAUAAUCUCUUCAUAUGGCUAGUGACGAAGCUUAAAAUGGUUAAUUUUUCAUAAUCUGGCAAAGUGCAGUAAAAAGAUCUUACAUUGUACUUUUUUUGUGUGUAGUAUUUGUAAAGUUAAAGAAAAUGGAAGAUUAUAUAUAUAUAGUGAGUAUUUAAUAUACCAUAUAAAAAAUAUAUUUUUAUCAUAAAAGUAUUAACAUAUUUAAAAUUUGCUCUGCUAAGUGAGGCCAGAUUAAAGAAUUUCAGCAAAUUAUAUGUGCAGUUUGGACUGAAAAUGUUUUUUUUUCUAUUAAAAUAUAAUAAUUUUUUGAUGUAUUCCAAGCAAGCUGAAAGACCUUGUAAUUGUGAAUAAAGUUUGUGAAUAUUGGGAGAUUUUUGUAAUGACA